UAUUUAGGACUGCACCAGCCCAUCAGUACAUGCUGUUCUCUGCUCCUGUGUGGAUCUUGUCAAGUGUCUGUCCCAGCCCAAGCAAUGGGAGCACAAGUGCUCCUCUUAGCUCUGACCCUAUUCCCAGCCACAGCUGCAGCAAGCUUGGAACUUCACUAUGUGGUGGUCCCUGCUGUCAUUCACCUCAGGUCUCUCCCUGAGGCUGUCCACCUGGCUGUCACUUUGGAGGUGGGAGCCCAGAAUCACACACUAGUGGAACACAAUGUGGAGAAGCCAGGAACUUUUGAGUGCAUCAGCUUCCAGGUGCCAGAGUUCAUUCCCAAGAAAACAGACGAUUCCACUUCACACCCAGAGGAGAUGGUUUUUAUGCAUGCCCUGAUCCACAGCGGGUACAGUGUGCUCUUUGAAGGUCACAAAAAAGUGCUGGUAAAGCUGCAGAAGAAUGUAAUUCUGAUAGAGACAGACAAGACCUUCUUCAAACCUGGAGAAACAGAACAAUCUUUGCGGACAGACAAGAAUGGCUGUGCUACUUUUACAAUGAAGACAGAGACUCUGGAAUUAACUGAAUCUUACAGCUAUAUAGCUGUGAAAGGAGCAAUAGAGGAAGAUGGAACAGGAGUGAAGACUAGUAAAGUGGCAGAAAUUCCUAUUGUUAGGACAAUGAAGUCUGUAGAGUUUAUUAAUCUCCAUCCAUUCUACAAACGUGGACUAUCAUACACAGGGAAGAUAUAUUGUCAUAGUGGUGAUUCUCCUCUCAGAAACGAAACAGUCUACCUAACAGUUGACAUCAGUGAUGAGGAGACCCACCUGUCAUUUCUUACAAAUAAGAAAGGAAAAGUCCACUUCUCACUGGAUACCACCAGCUGGAACAGCACUCUGGUUUCUUUGAAGGGUACCUACUCCCUUGCAAAUGACACUGAGAAGAAUCCUUCUGACUCAAGCACAAAAAUCAAGGACAGCUUACACCGGUUGAAACCCUUCUACUCUGAGAGCAACAGCUUUCUGGAGAUCCAGGCCAGAAAUGACAUACUGCUCUGUGAUCAAGAGCAGCAGGUUCAGGUGGAUUAUAUCCUUGACCAGAAUAAACUGAGCUCUGAAGCAGAUCCAAUGGAUUUCUACUACUUGGUGAUAGCAAAAGGCAGGAUCCUUUUCCGUGGAGAGAAGCAAGUGCCAAUUCUCCAGGAUGAGAAUGUGAAGGGCUCUUUCUCAUUAACUUUGACUAUUGGUUAUGACUUUCUGCCUGACAUCAGGCUUCUAGUAUAUGCAGUCUUCUCGGAUGGAGAAGUGGUGGCUGAUGUGGAAGAGUUUGAAGCUGCAAAGUGCUCCAGACACAAGGUGGCACUGAACUUCACACAUAAGGAGGAAGUCCCAGGGUCAGAAGUCACUCUGGACCUCAAAGCUGCUCCAGGGUCCCUGUGCCCUGUCCAAGCUGUUGACAAGGGUGUACUCCUUUUGGAGAACCAUACCCUAACAGCAACGACUCUAUAUGAACAGAUUUUUGAUGACAGCUUUAUAAUUGGAGCAUGAGGGUUCGCUUAUCACUUGGAAGACUUUGAGGCAUACCCUUGCCUGCCUCUGCAAUCCAGUCCCCCAAAGAAAAAGAUCUGGAUGGGAGCACCCUGGUACCAAAGUGAUGCUGAUGUCUUUCAUCUAUUUAAGCUAUUGCGCAUGAAAAUAUUAACCAACACUAAAAUCAAGAAACCAGUGUCCUGUAUGCAACCAGACUUUGAGAAAAAGAUGUAUUCUAGCAGAGACAGGAGUGUUGACAAUCCUGUUGAUUAUGCUGAUCUUCUGCCUAGCUCUGAUAACACAGAGAAGCCAAAACCACGGACCUGUUUCGCAGAGACCUGGAUUUGGGAUCUGGUCUCUGCUGGUGAGGAAGGGAAAGCAUCUCUCCAAGUAAUUGUACCUGACAGUAUUACUGAAUGGAAUGCCAGCACCUUUUGUGUUGCUGAUACUGGCUUUCGGCUGUCUCCUGUGACCACUCUCAGGGUCUUCCAGCCUUUCUUCGUGGAUCUGACACUGCCAUACUCUGUGGUCCAAGGAGAGACCUUCAGCCUAAAAGCCAUUGCCUUCAGCUACCUGGAGGCUUGUAUGCAGGGGCACACCACCCUCACAGAGACCCCAGAACUAAAGGUGGAUGCCUGUCCAGGCUGCCAGUUCACCAGCUGCCUCUGUGCCAAUGAGGCAAAAACUGUUGUGUGAAAUGUGAGAGCUACCAAACUGGGCAAAGCGAAUGUCACUGUGAGCAGUGUGGCACAAGAUGCACACAAAUUACAUGGUAAUAGGAUUACUGUGACACCUUUGCAAGGAGAGAUGGACACAGUGAUAAAACCCCUGCUUGUUAAGGUUAGAGGUGUCAUUCAGGAGAACACCCAAAAUGCCUUUCUGUGUGCUACAGAGAACACAGCCUCUCAAGAAUUCUCCCUGACUCUGCCUGAAGAAGUGUUGGAAGGAUCUGGCAGAGCCACUUUGUCUGUGAUUGGGGAUAUCAUGGGCCCAGUACUUCAAAACUUAGACCAGCUACUUGAGAGGCCCUUUGGCUGUGGCAAACAGAGCAUGGUUAAGUUUGCACCAAACAUCUUUAUACUCCAGUAUUUGAAGAAGAUAAAACCGUUGGUGCCAGAAAUUGAAGAUAAAGCACUGAGAUUCCUGAGAACAGCUUACCAGCGUCAGCUGCUUUACAAACAUGGUGAUGGCUCCUACAGUGCUUUUGGGAAGUCUGACACCCAGGGCAACACAUGGCUGGCAGCUUUUAUAGCCAGGUCCUUUGGGCAGGCCAGCUCUCACAUUUACAUCAAUAAGGAUCAUGUGCAGGAUCCUUUGCUCUGGCUUCAGAAGCACCAGCUGCCCAGUAGCUGCUUCAAGAGUGUAGGAAAGCUCUUCAGCAAUGACUUGAAGGGUGCGGUGGAUGAUACACUCUCAUUAACAGCCUGUAUCACUGCUGCACUUCUGGAGCUUCAUCUGGAGAAGAAUGAUACCAUGCUGGAUAAUGCCUUACAUUGCCUCAAAGAUGUAGCACUUGAUGAGACCAGCCUUUACGUCAAGGCCUUGAUGGCUUAUGUCUUCACACUUACCCAGAACAUGGAGAUGAGACAGCAGCUUCUCGAUAAGCUAGAAAAGGAAACUGUUAGGCUGAUGUCAUCAAAAUCUGGGAGCGAAUCUUCUUCCUCUAUGAUUGAGAUAAUAGCCUACAUCCUCCUAGCUCAUGUCUCCAAACCAAAUUUGGCAGUCAAUGAAACCACAGUAAGCAAGCUUGUACACUGGCUCAGUGGACAAAGAAAUGCUUUUGGGGGCUUUGCUUCCACCCAGGACACAGCUGUUAGCCUGCAGGCCCUGGCUCAGUAUGUAGCCCUGAUUCCUCAUGAGAUUAGAGAUGUGAAGGUGAUGGUGAAAGGCAAGGAUGCUUCUGCACUGGAGUUCCAUGUGCACAGGAACAACAAGUUGGUUCUGCAUCAGGCAUCUCUCCUUGCUGUCCCAGGGGUAUACACGAUACAAGCAACUGGCAGUGGAUGUGUCUAUGUACAGACCACUCUCUACUACAACACCCCACCAUCAAAAGCAGCAGAGGUCUCUGUCCUGGAUGUGGAAACAGUGUCCAGGGAUUGUGAUAGUGCCAGGAAACAGCUUGACAUCCACAUGUCUGUCAGUUAUGCUGGGGACCGUGAGACCAGUAACAUGGCCCUGGUAGAAGUGGAGAUGCUGUGGUUCAUUCCUAUGAAGAGCUCUGUGAGAGCACUGGAGGAGAUACUCCUGGUGAAAAAGACAGAGAUAAAACCAGACAAAGGCACAAUCUACUUGGAAGAGUUGGAUAAGACUUCUGUGAAGCUCACCAUCUCAGUGGAACAAGAUACUGAAGUUCAAAACCUGAAACCAGCAACAGUGCGCGUCUAUGACUACUAUAAACCAGAUGGUCGUACCGCAAGAGAAUACGCCUCCCCUUGCAGUUCAGAACAUACGCUGCAGAACGCGCAGAACGCCGACAGCGGCUUGCUCCCUCUCACUCUCUCUGACUCGGCGGUGCCCAGACUCCCAGAUACCGACCUCGGGAAGCUCCACCCCACCCUGCCCAGCAAGACAAUCCCCUUCUGUCUCCGAACCCUUAUCGCCUGA